AAAGUCUUCUGCUUUCAAAUGCGUGGACAACAUGGUGGACUGAACAUAUAAUAAAAGAUUGAUUUUAAUUUGUGGUAAAAACAAGCAAGUCAAAGGAGACAUUAUGGAUUGGAAAAGUACCAAAAUGAUUCUGGCCUCAACAGCCACAGUUGUUGUGGCUUCUCAGGUAGUAAAGAAGUUGUACAAGUACUUUUUUGGCUCUCCACAUAAGCAACCUGAGCCUAAUAUUGAUGACACAUGCAGUGAAAUUCUCUCUUUGAAGAAUCGUGAAAUAAACGAUGUGAUUUUAUUCUCCGAUGACAUUGUUCGCCACACAAUUAGAGUCCCACCUAAUAAGGAUAUAACCAUAUGUGAAAGUCGAGAGCUCAACUGCUUCAAGCUAAUAAAAUAUAUCAAAUCAGCACGUGAGACAUUGGACGUCUGUAUGUAUUUGAUUACAAGCAGUGAAAUUGCCGAACAAAUCAUAAGGUUGGGACAGAAACAUGUUCUAGUACGAAUAGUAGUUGACAGUGAUAUGGCGUUCACACCUCCGUCACAAAUUAAAAGACUGAAGGAAUAUAGCUUCAUUCAAGUGCAGACAAACAAAAAGUCUAUACUAAUGCACCAUAAAUUUUGCGUCGUUGAUGGGCCAAAAGCAAUCAAACGAAAAAGUACUCUAAAAGCAUAUGCAGAAAAACUGAAUGUGCACGCGCAAUUUACUAACGCAAAGAUGAGUACAAAACAAAUGGCGAAAUCUAAGCAAGUAAAAGGUUUUGUUAUGUCGGGUUCCUUAAAUUGGUCCACCCAGGCUAUGGUAUCCAAUCACGAAAGCGUUAUUGUGACUUCCCAUCCAAAUAUUGUGGGAAAGUUUGAAAAGGAAUUUGAAAGUUUAUGGGUGGAGAAUGAGCCGGCCCUCUCGGCUACAACAUCUUCGUGAUGAUGAUACCGUUAUAGCAAAGAAGGUUAUCCAUGGAUGAAGUGUCAGUGAUGAAUGCACCAAUGAUGCAAUAUACCCAGUGCAGUGUUAUUAGUGCCACAGAUGAUCAAGUGGAUUUUAAUUGUAGAAUUUAUUGUGCAAUCGACCAUUUUAAUAGGUGAAAAUAAAAUGUGAACUGCAAGUUAUUAAAAAAAUAAAUUAUGUGAAGUGUGCCCAUUGGAUGCAGUGAUCUUCGUUAGAUGGCGCUGUUGGGAUUAUUGCUAAGCAAGUGAAAUGCUUGUCUUGCUAUUCACCGCUAGGUGGCGCUGGUCUGGGUUCAACACUCGAUAACUUCUGAUAACACGUUGAACCGACUACAACUUUUGAUCAAGUGAAACCCCGUGAUACCGAUGCCACCCAGAUCUCAACCACUUGCAGCAAUGAUACAACGCGAAACAUCUGUUGCUAUACAAGUUCCUUCAGUCAUCAUCACAGUCCACCGUUCUAGAUUAGGCUCUUCGUGUUACAAUGAUAUUCUUUUUAUUUAUAUUACCUAUUAUCCUACAAACAUUUGGAACAGAAAAAACUAACAGUUGACUAUUAUCACUAAGUUCAGUAUAUCUUAAUUUUAUUCUCAGCAUUUGCUACGUGAUAAUGUUUCAUUGUAGUUUCUUUUGUUCUUAGGAAUAAUUGAUUUGUAACAUUUAGCGGUCCAAUAUUGUCACUUGAACUAUUAUUAUUGUUAAAGCAAUCAUCGUUAUUGAUGAGGUCAUGGAGGGAAUCGCAAAAAUGCUCUGUUAGUUUAUAAGUUUUAUGACUUUGCAAAUUGUGAUCCUCACGACAUUUUUCCGAUUUCCUCCACGAUCCAAACACGUUCGCGCAUUUAUUUAUUGUUUUUUUUUUUAAUUUAUUUUAUAUACAAUGUUUAUUUAUUAGAAAACUUUUAUUGUGAAUUUUGAAUAAUAUUGACUAACAAAUACUAAAAUUUCUAACGCAUGACCAUAUAUUUUAUAAAUUCAACUCGCGAGUGUGCAUGACUUAAUGUUUUAAUAGAUUUAAUUUUGUUUUUACUCAUUGUUAUUUAGACAACUUGCUACGCUGACAUGCUUUGUAUUAUUAUUGAUUUUGAAAUGUUUACUUCAACAAUUUGUGUAUAUAUUAUGUGAUCAGAAAUACGAGAUCAGUUGUAAUUCGUACGCCUUGCUCCAUAAAACUUGAUUUUAGGUUUAAAUCGAAUCAAUCGCUUAAAUUCGAGUUUUAGUUUAUGCAUGGCAAUACCCGGGGAUUGCAUUCUAGUUUUUUUAAGAAGAAAAAUUUGAUUAUGCAAUCUGAUUAAUCUGAGAAUAAGUAAAUCGAUGUAAUUUUAUUAAAUUUGAUUAUUAAAUAAACAUUUCGGCAUGA